CCAGGGAGCUGCCAGCAACUACUUCAGGCUCCAUGGCAGAGGGGAGCACAGCUCCCGAUCCAGAGCAGCUCCUGAGGAGGGUGCAGGAGCUGGAAGAGGAGGUGAAGCGGCUGCAGGAGAAGCUCCAGGAGGACAGCAGGGGAGGGGAGGCUGCUGCAGGCCCCGGGAGGGGCAGGAAACGGCAGCAGAGGCCUUUCGACUUCGGCGCCCACGGCCGCAGGCGCGUGGCACUGAAGAUUGCCUACCUGGGCUGGGGCUACCAGGGCUUUGCCAGCCAGGAGAACACCAGCAACACCGUGGAGGAGAAGCUCUUCGAGGCCUUGAAGAAGACACGGCUGGUGGACAGCCGGCAGACCUCCAACUACCACCGCUGCGGCCGCACCGACAAGGGGGUCAGCGCCUUCGGACAGGUGAUCUCCCUGGACCUGCGCUCCAGCCUCCCGGAGCGGGGCCAGCCGCAGGGCGGCGGGGGGCAGCAGGAGCUGCGCUACACUCACAUGCUCAACAGGGUGCUGCCGGCCGACAUCCGGGUGCUGGCCUGGGCGCCGGUGGGCCCCGACUUCAGCGCCCGCUUCAGCUGCCUGCACAGGACCUACCGCUACUUCUUCCCCCGCGGCGGGCUGGACGUGGGGCGCAUGCACGCGGCGGCGCAGCGCUUCGUGGGCACCCACGACUUCCGCAACCUCUGCAAGAUGGACGUGGCCAACGGCGUCCUGGCCUUCCGCCGCACCGUGCUGCGCGCCGCCGUCGGCCGCCUGCCGCCCGCCGCGCCGGCCGAGCCGCCCGACCCCUUCCAGCUCUGCCAGUUCGAGGUGACCGGGCAGGCCUUCCUCUACCACCAGGUGCGCUGCAUGAUGGCCAUCCUCUUCCUCGUCGGCCAGGGCGUGGAGAGCCCAGAGGUCAUCGACGAGCUGCUGGACGUGGAGAAGAACCCCCGGAAGCCGCAGUACAGCAUGGCUGUGGAGUUUCCCCUGGUCCUCUACAACUGUGAGUUCGAGAACCUGCAGUGGCUGUACGACCGCGACGUGCAGGAGUUCAACGUCACCCACCUGCAGCAGCUGUGGGCCAGCCACGCUGUCAAGACCCAAGUGCUGAGGGACAUGUUACAGGGGCUGGAGGCUGCCCCCGUGCCUGCUGACGACAGCCCAGGGAGCAGCACAACCAUCCCGUGGGGGGAGCUGAAGCCUCCCCUGCAGAGCCAGGCCAGCAGCUUCAUGGAAGGCGUCCGAGCCCGCACCUACAAACCGCUGCUGGCGCGGCCCAAGUGCGAGGGGCUGGAGUCCAGGAUCCGGCACUUCGUGCGCAGGGGCCGCAUCGAGACCCCCCCCGGGCUGCCCCCGGCCGGGGAGGAGCAGCAGCAGCCCCCCGAGGCCAAGAGGAGUCACCAGGGAACCGCCCUGGAGGGCGGGGGUGGCGCAGAGCAGCCUCCCAAAAGGGUCUGCGUGGAGGUGGAGUGA